AUGGAGGGUCCAUCUCGUGUGUACCUUUUUGGAGACCAGACCAGCGACAUUGAAGCUGGCUUGCGCCGUCUGCUCCAAGCGAAGAACAGCACCAUUGUCCAGUCUUUUUUCCAGCAGUGCUUCCAUGCGAUCCGUCAAGAGAUCGCGAAGCUCCCGCCGUCUCAACGGAAGCUCUUUCCACGCUUCACAAGCAUUGUGGAUCUCCUCUCCAGGAGCCGUGAAUCAGGUCCUAGCCCUGUCCUGGAGAGUGCGCUGACAUGCAUCUACCAGUUGGGUUGUUUCAUUCACUUUUAUGGGGAUCUUGGACAUGACUACCCUACGCCCUCCAACAGCCAUCUUGUUGGGCUGUGCACCGGUGUUUUGAGUUGCACGGCUGUAAGUUGCGCCAGAAAUGUUGGUGAGCUUAUUCCAGUUGCAGUGGAAGCAAUUGUAAUUGCACUGCGGCUGGGAAUCUGCGUUUUCCGAGUUCGAGAACUGGUGGCCUCCGCCGAUUCCGAGUCAACAUGCUGGUCAGCGUUGGUUUCUGGAAUCAGCGAAGCAGAGGCUGGCCGCCUGAUUGACGAGUAUAGCAGUAAGAAGGCUACCCCACCUUCUUCGAAGCCGUAUAUCAGCGCGGUAAGCGCUAAUGGUGUUACUGUCAGUGCACCACCUACGGUCCUUGAUGAGUUCGUCGAGACCUGCAUUUCCAAGAACUACAAACCAGUGAAGGCUCCGAUUCAUGGCCCGUACCAUGCGCCACAUCUGUAUGAUGAUAAGGAUAUUGAACGCAUCCUGCAGCAAUCCUCUGCUCUGGAGGAACUGACCAGCUGGUCACCCGCUAUUCCCGUCAUUUCCAGUAACACUGGAAAGCCGAUUAAGGCAAAGUCCCUCAAAGAUCUCUUUAAGGUCGCACUGGAGGAAAUACUACUGCGACGACUAUGCUGGGACAAGGUCACGGAAUCCUGCACAUCAGUCUGCAAGACCGGCACAAACCACUCUUGCAAAUUGUUUCCGAUUUCAAGUAGCGCCACCCAGAGUUUGUUCACCGUCCUCAAGAAGGCCGGUGUGAGCGUCAGCUUGGAGACUGGGGUAGGAGAGAUCGCGAUGAACCCAGAAACGCGGAACCUCACUGGAAAGGCAGAAAACUCGAAGAUUGCUAUCAUCGGUAUGUCUGGAAGAUUUCCUGAGUCAGAUGGUACGGAGGCCUUCUGGGACCUCUUGUACAAGGGACUCGAUGUACAUCGCAAAGUCCCCGCAGACCGCUGGGACGUUGAUGCCCACGUCGACAUGACCGGCUCAAAGAGAAACACAAGCAAAGUGUCUUACGGUUGUUGGAUCAACGAACCCGGCCUGUUUGACCCCAGAUUCUUCAACAUGUCGCCCCGGGAAGCCCUCCAAGCAGAUCCUGCACAACGUCUUGCUUUGCUUACAGCGUACGAGGCUCUCGAGAUGGCUGGCUUCAUCCCGGAUAGCUCUCCUUCGACACAGAGGGACCGCGUGGGUAUUUUCUACGGAAUGACCAGUGACGACUAUCGUGAGAUCAACAGCGGCCAGGACAUUGAUACCUAUUUCAUUCCUGGCGGUAACCGAGCAUUCACGCCGGGUCGGAUAAACUACUACUUCAAAUUCAGCGGGCCUAGUGUGAGUGUUGACACAGCGUGCUCGUCGAGUCUAGCUGCUAUCCAUAUGGCCUGCAAUUCGAUCUGGAGAAAUGACUGCGAUGCCGCCAUCACUGGAGGUGUAAACAUUCUGACCAACCCUGACAACCACGCGGGUCUGGAUCGGGGCCAUUUCCUAUCUACCACUGGCAACUGUAACACCUUUGAUGACGGCGCCGACGGCUACUGUAGAGCGGACGGAGUUGGCAGCAUCGUUUUGAAGCGGCUCGAAGAUGCCGAGGCCGACAACGACCCGAUCCUGGCAGUCAUUAACGGUGCUUACACCAACCACUCGGCGGAGGCCGUGUCAAUUACUCGCCCCCACGUUGGUGCGCAAGCAUUCAUCUUCAACAAGCUGCUCAAUGAUGCGAACAUCGACCCCAAGGAAGUGAGCUACGUGGAAAUGCAUGGCACCGGAACUCAAGCCGGUGAUGCAGUGGAAAUGCAAUCUGUUCUUGACGUCUUCGCACCAGACUACCGCCGGGGUCCCGGUCAAUCGCUUCAUAUCGGCUCUGCUAAGGCCAACAUCGGACACGGCGAAUCCGCAUCAGGAGUGACUGCUCUUGUCAAGGUCCUCCUAAUGAUGAGAGAAAACAUGAUUCCUCCUCAUUGCGGUAUCAAGACCAAAAUCAAUUCCAAUUUCCCGACCGACCUGGCCAAGCGCAAUGUUCAUAUCGCCUUCCAGCCCACUCCAUGGAAUCGUCCAGCUUCCGGAAAGCGGCGAACCUUUGUCAACAACUUCUCUGCUGCUGGUGGUAACACUGCCCUUCUAGUGGAAGAUGCUCCCAUACCGGAACGUCAGGGGCAGGACCCCCGGUCGUUCCAUUUGGUCUCCGUGUCAGCAAGAUCCCAGUCUGCACUGAAGAACAACAUCGAAGCCCUGGUGAAGUUUAUUGACGCUCAGGGCAAGUCCUUUGGGGUGAAAGAAGCCGAAUUUCUUCCGAACCUGGCGUACACGACCACCGCACGCCGCAUCCACCAUCCGUUCCGUGUCACUGCUGUCGGAGCGAACCUGCAAUCCCUGCGUGACUCGCUGCAUGGUACUUUGCAACGUGAGACCUAUACCCCAGUACCCUCAACGGCUCCUGGUAUUGGAUUCGUCUUCACCGGCCAAGGCGCCCAAUACACCGGAAUGGGCAAGGAGCUCUACCGCAGUUGUUUCCAAUUCCGCACCACCAUUGAGCACUUUGACUGCAUCGCAAGAAGCCAGGGCCUUCCUUCUAUCCUGCCUCUCGUCGAUGGAAGCGUACCCGUUGAAGACCUUAGCCCAGUCGUGGUACAAGUGGGCACUACUUGUGUGCAAAUGGCUCUGGUCAAUUACUGGACUGCGUUGGGUGUGAAGCCGGCCUUCAUUAUCGGACACAGUCUCGGUGACUAUGCAGCCCUUAACACGGCCGGUGUUCUAUCCACCAGCGAUACAAUCUAUCUGUGUGGCCGCCGUGCUCAGUUGCUGACGAAGGAGUGCAAGAUUGGGACACAUUCGAUGCUGGCCAUCAAGGCGUCUCUGGCAGAGGUUAAACAGUUCCUUAGAGAUGAGCUCCACGAAGUCUCUUGCAUUAACGCGCCAGCAGAGACUGUCGUCAGCGGUCUUGUCGCUGAUAUUGAUGAGCUGGCUCAGAAAUGCUCCACAGAGGGUUUGAAGUCAACCAAGCUCCGUGUCCCUUAUGCCUUCCAUUCCUCUCAAGUGGACCCUAUCUUGGAUUCAUUUGAGAAUAUUGCUCAAGGUGUCACCUUCCACAAGCCGACAACACCUUUUGUCUCAGCCCUGUUCGGAGAAGUGAUCACUGACGCCAACUGGGAGUGUCUCGGCCCCAGGUACCUGCGCGAUCAUUGCAGAAAGACAGUCAACUUCCUUGGCGGUGUGGAAGCUACAAGGCAUGUGAAGCUGACCAACGACAAGACUCUGUGGGUUGAGAUUGGCUCACAUACCAUUUGCUCUGGAAUGAUCAAGGCAACACUUGGACCGCAAGUCACAACGGCUGCAUCUCUACGCCGCGAAGAAGAUACCUGGAAGGUCCUUUCAAACAGUCUUGCGAGCCUUCAUCUGGCGGGUAUUGACAUCAAUUGGAAGCAAUAUCACCAGGACUUUACCUCCUCUCUCUCGGUCCUCCGCCUCCCAGGCUACAAGUGGGAUCUCAAGAACUACUGGAUUCCCUAUACCAACAACUUCUGCCUGAGUAAGGGCGCUCCAGUAGCGGCAGUGGCUGCAGGGCCACAGCAUGAGUUCCUGACAACCGCGGCUCAGAAGGUCAUUGAGACUCGAGGUGAUGGAACAACAGCCACAGUUGUAAUAGAAAACGACAUUGCUGAUCCUGACCUUAACCGCGUCAUUCAAGGCCACAAGGUCAACGGCGCUGCUUUGUGUCCCUCAUCACUGUAUGCCGACAUAUCUCAGACGCUUGCAGAGUACCUCAUCAAGAAGUAUAAGCCUGAGUACGAUGGACUUGGACUGGAUGUCUGUGAGGUUACAGUGCCACGGCCAUUGAUUGCGAAAGGUGGACAGCAGCUCUUUAGAGUAUCUGCGACAGCGGAUUGGGCGGAGAAGAAGACAACCCUUCAGAUCUAUUCAGUCACUGCAGAAGGGAAGAAGACCGCUGAUCACGCAACUUGCACUGUCCGACUAUUUGAUUGUGCUGCUGCUGAGGCGGAGUGGAAACGAGUUUCCUACCUUGUCAAGAGGAGCAUUGACCGACUGCAUGAUAUUGCUGAGGAUGGUGACGCUCACCGUCUCGGUAGAGGCAUGGUUUACAAACUCUUCGCCGCUCUGGUUGAUUAUGACGAAAACUUCAAGAACAUUCGUGAGGUUAUUCUUGACAGUGAACAGCACGAAGCUACCGCACGCGUCAAGUUCCAAGCGUCACAGGGCAAGUUCCACCGGAACCCGUUCUGGAUUGACAGCUUUGGACACCUAUCUGGGUUCAUCAUGAACGCAAGCGAUGCAACAGACUCCAAGAACCAGGUCUUUGUCAAUCACGGAUGGGACUCAAUGCGUUGUUUGAAGAAGUUCUCCCCUGAUGUCACCUACAGAACCUAUGUUAGAAUGCAGCCUUGGAAAGACUCCAUCUGGGCUGGUGAUGUCUACGUCUUCGAUGGGGAGGAUAUUGUUGCGGUGUAUGGCGCAGUCAAGUUCCAAGCCUUAUCGCGCAAGAUCCUCGAUACGGUCCUGCCACCCGUUGGGGCUUCGAAGGCCCCCGCCAGACCCGCCGCCAGCGCUCAGAAGGCGGCCCCUGCUGCUACUAGCAAGAGUCGUGCUAGUGCCCCGGCUCCGGCGAAGCCUGCUGCUAAGCCCAGUGCCCCAAGCCUGGCCAAGCGGGCACUUACCAUCCUCGCGGAGGAAGUGGGACUCUCCGAAUCCGAGAUUACAGAUGAUCUGGUGUUCGCCGACUACGGUGUGGACUCUCUUCUUUCCCUGACAGUCACGGGCAGGUAUCGUGAAGAGCUGGAUAUCGACCUCGAAUCCUCCGUCUUCAUCGACCAGCCGACCGUGAAAGACUUCAAGCAGUUCCUGGCACCGAUGAGCCAGGGAGAAGUCAGUGAUGGGUCCACCAGUGACCCAGAGUCCAGUAGCUCCUUCAAUGGUGGCUCUUCGACAGACGAGUCCAGUGCUGGGUCCCCUGUCAGCUCACCACCAAAUGAGAAGGUUACGCAGGUUGAGCAGCAUGCUACGAUAAAGGAGAUUCGCGCCAUCUUGGCCGACGAGAUAGGUGUUUCUGAGGAGGAGCUGAAGGACGAUGAGAACUUGGGAGAGAUGGGUAUGGACUCUCUCCUUUCGCUUACUGUGCUUGGUAGGAUCCGUGAGACAUUGGAUCUGGAUCUGCCGGGUGAGUUCUUCAUCGAGAACCAAACUCUGAAUGACGUGGAGGAUGCAUUGGGCCUCAAACCCAAGCCUGCGCCUGCACCUGCGCCUGCACCCGUUCCCGCACCCGUGUCCGCGCCCAUAUUGAAGGAGCCUGUACCCAACGCAAACUCUACCAUCAUGACCCGGGCGAGCCCCCACCCUCGAUCAACCUCUAUUUUGUUGCAAGGAAACCGAAAACCGCCACCAAGACCCUGUUCCUGUUCCCUGAUGGUUCUGGCUCCGCAACAUCGUACGCAACCAUUCCCGGAGUGUCUCCAGACGUGUGUGUCUACGGGUUGA